AUGUCAAUGCUCUCCAAAGGAAAACAAAAAAUUGAUGUGAUCAUCCUCAAUGUCCGUUUAUCCAAUUCGUCUUUUGUUGACCUCUUAGCUCAAGCUGAAGCUCUGAAUAUAAUCUCACUCGCUGUAUGCGAUGAAUUCAAUGAAUUCGUCGCAAAGAAGACUUUGGAUGACGGAGCUUAUCUUUACCUUAAAAAGCCAUUUAACAAGGAAAUUUUGAUCUACUUAUGGCAAUUUGUGCUUGCUGAAAGAAAACGAAAAGAGAAAGCGAGUGAAGGAUCAAGAAAACAUAAAGAUCAAAUGAAGGUUAAUAUGAUCAAAAAUAAAGAAUCUGAAGAGAAUAUUGGAAAAUACACAUUAAAGAGGAAGAAAGGUACAAAAGGCAUGCAAAACAAUGCUAUUGAUAAGGUUGUUACGCGAAAGGACUAUAAAGAAUGGACUAAGGAUCUUCACGCAGCAUUUAUGCAAGCUGUAAGCCAACUUGGAGAAGGACGGUGUUACCCUAAGGAGAUCCUACAAGCAAUGAACUUGCCUGAUCUUACUAGGAUGCAAGUUGCCAGUCACCUGCAGAAAUGUCGUCGCAAUAAUUGGAGAUCUCCAGAAGAGAGAAAAAAUAUUCGUCGCCGUUCGACCAAGCGACGCACGGUCACUUUUGAGGAACCAAAAAGCAACUUUCGAAAAUUUGGGGUAAUGCCUUCUCCUCAAGCAAAUGUACCAAAUCAACAAUGGAACCCAUUUCCUACUCAUAAUACCAACAAUAUUUUUACUCAACGAGAGAGCUCAAUUCAACGACAACAACUGUAUCGUCCACAAUUUCAGGUUCAACCCCAUUACCUUAGCAUUGACAAUUCAUUUUUGUUUUCCCAAACUAACAAUGGAGAGAAUCAUAGUGGAAAAAAUUACAACUCUAAUCUCAAUGUGGCCCAGGGAGCAACACCAAUAAUGCCUGCUACAUACAUUCAAAAUGCAAUAAUUAAUAACUACAACUUGAAUGUCAACAAUGUGACAACUUAUUCAAGUAGGGGAAUGAUGCCUAAUGCUUAUGUUGGAAAUGUUACUAUUAAUGGUAUGGGAGCAACAAAUGCAAAUGCAAGUUCUCAACAAUAUGUGGGUGAACCAAUCAUGAAUGGUCCAAGAAAUAUUGAUGUGGCACCAUAUGAGAAUUAUGUUGAAGGGAGUAAUUCAAAUAAGAAGGAAAAUCGUGACGUAUAUUUAAAUUUUAAUAACAUGGAUAGUCUCUUUCAGAAUCUUGGACCUUCAAGUGCUAACCUGCCUAGUGAACUAGACACAGAGUUUGAUCAAGUGUACUCUGAUGAUCAGGAUCUUGGACCUCCAAAUGCUAACCUGCCUAAUGCACAAGGCAACGAGCUUGAUCAAGUUUACUCUAAUAUUCAGAAUCUUGAAACUCCGAGUGCUAACCUACCUAAUGAACAAGGCAGUCAGUUUGGUCAAGUUUACUCUGAUGAGCAGAAUCGUGGAUCUCUAAGUGCUAACCUACCUAAUGAACAAGACAAUGAAUUCGAUCAAGUUUACUCUGAUGAUUAG